CAAUGGGUCCCCAUAGCUGACACCCUAGCGAUACUGCGGGAUCAGAGAUAAAAAGGUUGUGUGGUCCCGUAUUGCGGGCCAGGAAUUAGCGAUCCGAUGUUUCCAGGGCCUUUCAAUGUUCAAUGUUCAAUGUUCAUCUUUACAUUCUCAGUGCCAGUUGCCAGUGCCAGUGUCUACCUAGUAGGUAGACUUUAUAGUACAUACUUCCUUACAUAACAUACCACCUACCUGGUAACUACCAGUGACCUGGUACUAGCAGUAGUACCUACUAUACUAACCUACCCAGUACAUAGGUAGUAUCUAUAUAGCCCUGGAGCACUGAGCACUGAGCACUGAGCACUCCUAUACCGUAUACCAUGAGAGUCGCCGGUAGUACCUCUGCUAGGGCUGCUGAGGCCAAAAGACGGGCACGUCGAGUCCCUGAGGAUCAACGUAAGCGUGGCAUACAGAGUUGUGAUCUCUGUCGAAAGAAACGUUGUAGAUGCAUCCCAGCCCCUGGGAAGGACAAUCGCUGCACAACAUGUCUUGCCCAGAAUAGCUCUUGCACCUUCACUCUCCCCCGCAAGACUCGCUUCUACGGGAAUCUUGAGGAUCUCAGUGAUCGCUUUCGUUGUCUAGAGGCUAUUGUCAGGGGAGCCUUCCCGGAUGAGCCUACAGAUUCAGUCGCGGAUCUCAUACACCUCGGCCAAACUCGAGGAUACCAAAUGCCGGAUUUAUCUCAGAAUUCGGAAACGCCAGUGAAGAUAGACGACGCCUUGAGGAUACCACAUCAGCCAGAGAUAUCAGUUGAGGAGGACUUCCCCGAUGCCCCUAUUGCCAACCAUCCUGCUCGCCCGAGAGCGAAGUCUAAUCCCAUCCCUGCUGCGUACCAGGAGAACUUGCAGUCUGACGAUGGCCCUGUAUCCCUUGUAACCGAUACUUCCGGCAAGGAGCACUACAUUGGACCGUCUGGUGGCCUUCAGUUUCUUGGUCAGCUGCGGAGGCUUUUGAUAUCAAAAGAGCACACGCCCGAAAUGCGGUCCCCACCACCCCCAAGUGCUAUUUCCAAGUUUACCGAGGAUGAUGGAGCCCAAGCGCUUGAAGCUGAAGAUGUCUCUGAAGAUAGCCUAGACACCAAGAACGUUGAUGAUCCAUCCAAUGCUGCCAUGCAUCACCAGCGGUCGCCUACGAGUAUCGCUUCCCCGGAGAGUGACUUUAUGCGGAGGUCAACUAUUAGCAUAGAAGAUCACUGGAGACGGCUACCUGCACCAGAAAUAGUCGACAAGUUGUUGAAUUCUUUCUUUCAAAACGUCCACGAUGACUUCGUCCUCUUCCACCGUGGAACAUUUGAGGGUGACUACGAAGCUCAGGCUCGCAGGUUAUAUCAUAACGGAACACAGCCACAUGAAGAUAAGGAGGUCGAUCUAGGAUUGCUCGCAUGUAUCCACAUGAUGCUCGUGUUUGGCAGCAUGAGCGAUUCUACCAUUGGCGGGACUGGCCUUGAUCAUAAUAUGCUUCGAAGACAAUGCGUAGCCUCUGCAAGGUCCCUUUUACCACACCUCAUAGGAAAAUGUACCCUCUACAACCUUAGAGCCUUGCUUCUCCUAGGGCUAUUCCUACACAACAAUAAUGAAAGGAAUGCCACCUGGAACCUUGUGGGAACAGCGACCCGAGUUGGCUUUGCCUUAGGAUUGCAUCGGAGAGACACCGAGUCCGCUUUCAACCCGAUCGACAGAGAAAUCAGAAAGAGGAUUUUCUGUACGCUCUACGGAUUUGAACAAUUUCUAGCCACAAGUCUCGGUCGGCCCAGCGGCAUGAAUGAUUCUGACGUUGAAGUUAUCCCUCCUCGACCAGGAAUGUUGGAUGGUGACGGAGGCGGGGGUGACGCCGUACUAGCUGCAUUUACCUUACGGUUACAUCGCAUACUCGGAAGAAGUAGAGUAAGCCAAGAUGCAAAGAUUAGCGCCGAAGUAAUCCACGAGUCCAAACUUCUCACCCCUGAAGCGGCUCUGCUCAGCCUUGGACGAUGGAAAGCAGAUCUAGCCAAGCAUCCAUGGUUGAAUAUACCAUCCAUCAAGACAGGCGAGAGUCUCUUCGACGACAAGGAAUCGGGGGCUAUUGCGCUUGAUGAAAUCAAGUCACCCUUGCGCUGGCAGAGUCGAUCGUCGCUAAGGGCUGCACUAAUGUUACAGCUCCAAUAUCACUAUACCGCCAUAUUCGCGACCCGCCCCUUUCUUCUACAAGAGUUAGCGGCUAGCGGCCAAGGGGAACAAGAAAGUCCUACUCACCGGCAAACUUCGCUUGCAGUUCAGUGCGUACGUCACGCCACCCAGUUGGCUAUGAUAUGUCUGUUGCUGGACUCGUUUGGUCUAGUCAAUGGCGUUUCUGGUUUAGACAUAUUCUACUUUUAUUGGGCUGCCAUGAUAAUGUCACUAGGUAUGUUACGGCGUCACCCGCCCUCCGAAGAAGCUCGAGUACUGGCAGCUUUAAGUGGCCUAGUUGCACAGCUCAGGGUGGCGGCGGGAAAAGUUGAGAAGAGUGGCACCAUGAAGCGCUUUGCCACACUGUUCGCUGCCUUCGCUGAUUAUGUCAAUUAUCGCUGCUGGCCCUCUAAGGCAGCGAUCACGAACAUGAAUGAAAUGCGAGGAAACUGCGUGCCUGAACGAGAGGAUCAUGUGGACCCUAACCACGCAGCACUUGGAGCGACUCAGCCUGUGCCAAACACCUUUGUAGGCUCUGGCGGGUUCGACCCUUUCCAUUGGUCGAACCCCAUGGUUCCCCUCGGACACACCAUCGAAGGAGGGGGUGGACUUGACGGGUUUGCAGGCUGGGCUAACGGUAUUGGGGCAGUUGGAAAUGGCGUCGAUUGGAUGGGCUCAUUGAUGACUCCAGGCAUUGACAUGCCGUUGGAGUAUGGAGGUCCUUCCAUGAGACAUCCAUAAUUCAAGUGAAAUUCCUUGUUUGAGAGAAAGAAACAAACGUUGUGCUAUCCAGAGAUUUAUUUUCUACCCACGGGUGUAUUUAAGUUGGAGCUCUUAAUUUGGGUACGUUGCAAUUUGCGAGGCGUAGGGGGGGAUGGAUGGAUUUUCUAGAUAGGCAAUUAGUAGGGGAAAGGGAUGACCAUUUGGUCUUGUAAAUAGCAUGGUAUAAAUAAUAUACGAAGAGGUCUUUUUGGGUUAUUCGAUGUGCAAGUUUGAUCUUAUGAGUAUCUCGAUGGUUUCCUUUUCUUUGGUCAGCAUUAUCUACCUAACCUACCUAGUAGGUUAACCAGACCGAGCUUGGAGCACUUCAGGGUCGGACAAGAUGAUGAUAACGUUGGAAAAUAUUCGACAUUGUCGAUCUUAUAAUAAAAGAGCUUACUAUGAAGCCGAGUAGACGGAUUCGCGUCGUUAGCGGCGGAAACCAAUGAGAUUAGCUCAAUAGCCAAGACACUCUAUUCUUUGGGGCUGUGGGAGAUAUCGAAAGGGGGAGUCAUGCAUCCGAGAUAGUUACGUAUGUUCCACCCCCACAGG